UAAAAGCUCUUGGCCAUAGUAAGAUUCGCAAGAGGAGGAGAGAAAGAUACAGAGCAGCGCGAAGGGGGAGUGUCUCCGACCGAGAGACACACACACAUACCGGGGCACCACGAGACUUCAGUUCAAACAAACCAGCGGGAGCCUCUGCGAACCGGACCCGCUGCGUUUUCACGCUCUUGCCGUUUAUUUAUAAGGCGUCUUUACCAAGCGCGUUCCAGAAAACGUGUCGGCGUCAGACGCUUGAGUUUGAAUAGGUGUAUUGUGGCCACUGGUGUAUUGUGAUUGAGGGGAAGCAUGCAGGCUCACUAUCCCAGCAGCGGAUCUGUACGGUGGGCCAACCACUGAAUACGGUCCUGGACCGUCCCAAAGACUUGCACUAAACCACCUGAGCCCAGCUAAAGUGGAAACCCUUUAACUGAGCACCGCAGACAAGUGCGUGUGUGAGAGAGAAAGUCAUAGUGUUUGUGUGUGUUGCCAUGGCUUUCACACUUUCCGAAAUCAUGGCAGCCCGACGACAGCAGCAACAGUCGCAGAGAGGAGGAAGAGGAGUUGUAGAGGUGGACGAAUACAGCUCCAACCCGACUCAAGCCUUCACCUUCUACAACAUCAACCAGGGUCGCUUCCAGCCACCCCACGUCCACAUGGUAGAUCCGUUACCCCACGACAGCCCCAAGCCCCCGGGCUACACGCGGUUUGUCUGUAUCUCCGACACACACUCGCGCACUGACACUAUUCAGAUGCCGUACGGUGACGUCUUACUGCACACUGGAGACUUCACAGAGCUCGGCCUGCCCAGCGAAGUCAAGAAGUUUAACGACUGGCUUGGCACUCUGCCAUACGAGAUAAAAAUCGUUAUAGCCGGGAAUCACGAGCUGACGUUUGAUCAGGAGUUUAUGGCGGACCUGAUAAAGCAGGAUUUCUACUACUUUCCUUCGGCCUCCAAACUCAAGCCGGAGAACUAUGAGAACGUUCAGUCCCUGCUCACCAACUGCAUCUACCUGCAGGACUCUGAUGUUACCGUCAGGGGCUUCCGCAUCUACGGCUCACCGUGGCAGCCAUGGUACUAUGGCUGGGGUUUUAAUCUACCACGAGGACAAGCACUGCUGGACAAAUGGAAUCAGAUCCCAGACUCCACAGAUAUUCUUCUCACACACUGCCCUCCUCUGGGAUUUUUGGACUGGGUGCCCAGGAAGAUGCAGCGUGUUGGCUGUAUGGAGCUGUUGAACACUGUCCAGAGAAGAGUUCAGCCCAAACUACAUGUAUUUGGACACAUUCAUGAAGGUUACGGUAUGAUGGCAGAUGGAACCACCACGUUCAUUAAUGCCUCGGCGUGCACGGUGAACUUCCAACCUAUGAACCCGCCCAUCGUUUUCGACUUGCCCAAUCCCAGGAGCUCAUGAUUGAACAGGGCCCUGCCCCCCAUCCCAUUCUUUCAAUCAGGGUCCCAGUUUGAGCAUGUACGGAUGCUGCGUAGUGUAUAUAGAGUGGACAAGAGACACUAAUUUCGAUAUUCACAAGGAUAUUUCCAUCCAUUUAUUUUGACGUAUGCCACGCUCAGACACACAAUAUAGUGGUGUUCUGUCUCUCUGACAUGGAUGUUUGAACUGUUUUCUGAAUUUGACUCUUGCGUUGCACUUGAAUCGGCGUGACAGUCACUUGUACUUAAAGUCAUGGAAGCCAAUCAGUCCUCGAGAUGAUGGGAAGCCAAGCUUUCUUCUCAUUGGCUGCCACUUUGUAACCUUGUAGCCUCAAUGGACAUCUGACUUGGAAAAAACUUUUUUUCUUUUUCUCUGGAUCCACUCUUGAAAGUUACAGGAUGUGCCCAGAGGAAACACUGCGCUUAGUGCAAACAAGUUGGUUCAGGGUCUUUACCAUUUCUAUCUUUCUCUCUCUCUUUCUCUGAGUCUCAGUCUCUCAUCCUACUUUUUUCUAUCUUUUCUGUUGUUAUAUGUUGCUCUUUUGAACUUGGGGCCAUGUUGGGUUUCACUGGGAGAACGGCCCUAAACAGGAAUGUAACAUUUAAAAUAUUGAUGGUGAAAAAGAAACAAAUAAGUGUCUGAAUAUUUUCAAAUGUUCUCCACAUUUUUAUGCCUUCUUUGUUGUAUGAUUUACUGCAAGCGUGUAAAACUGUGAGUGUUUUUCAAGCAGAUGGUCCCUCACUAAAGCAGUGUGGACUUUUACAGUAGUUUGAAGUGUUUGUUUGAGGUCAAAUAUUUAAAAGUUCUUCUAAAGCGCCGCCGUUAACGCCCCUCCUCCGAAUAUCAAAAAUUCAUCAUGCACGCAAAGUGCGCUUUUGCAUAACAAGAAUAUGUUGCACUUUGAUACACAUGUUCCCCACUAUUAUUUAUUAACAUUCCUCCUGGUGAUAAUUUAUUCCCAUGUGUUUUACAGCUCUUCAGAAUCGACUGUGUGUGGCAUUAGGCCUAAUAUGACCGUUCUGUUAGAUAUGCAGUGGGUUUUAAUCUCCUCCUUAUAAAAGGAUGAAUAAAAAUGAACAAAUAGAACAAAUUAAAGCUCUCUGUGUGUGUGUGUGUGUGUGUGUGUGUGUGUGUGCGCGUCUGUGGGCUCCUGUGUGUACGAACACAAUCAAUUGCUAAUCUUUCAUAACCUGAGGAAAAGAACGAAUCAGAGCACUGAGAGAUCGAAGAGAUAAAAAGAAUUAUAUUGUAAACGGCAACUAGGAUGGGUUGAUGUCUGAGAGACGGAUUUCUGUCUCAUCUUUUUUAUUUAUUUCAUAAGAGUUUUUCUUGCUGUUUGUACACUUGUUUGCAUUUGGUCAGGGGUGCUUUAUUGUCUCUUGUGGCUUUCCUCUUUUUUUUUUCUUUCUCCAUUCAUUCUUGCCCCAGUGAGGCCUAUUCUUUGAAGACGCUUUCGUCAGGUUUACUGCUGUGCUUCAGUUAUUUUUUUCCCCAGCAUGCUGUUCUGAAUUUCCAAACAGAUUCUGUGCGUUGUUAAUUCAUGUGUUGUGAAAUUUCAGUGAAAGAUAAAAUUUGGGAGAUUCUUUUGUUUUUCGUCACUUAAUUUUAUGCCUUCUAAAGAGUUAUGGAUGUUGAAUAAAUUCUAGCAGAGAUGAAUUCUCUGUCAAAACUG